AUGAAGAAGAAAGGUAGCAAGAGCACCUCCUCUGGACCUCACUUUCCCUCGCUCUUGAAGAUUCAAGACGUCGUCAAUCUUACCGUUCAAGCUCACGGCAAGAGUGACCUAGCUAGAGCUUGUACCGAAGACGAAACCUCCGAAACCGUUCCGGAGGGUUGGUUCUGUGUUCAUGAGAAGUAUAUCUCGAAAUGCCAUCUUAGGUUCCCUCUCCCCACCCUCUUGCUAGAUCUCCUAGAUCACUACCAGCUGGCCCUUCCCCAACUUUGUCCCUCGGUUAUCCGAGUGAUAAACGGAUUCAUUACUAGAGCAAAGGAAGAAGGGGUUAUUGCGGGGUUGACCGAGCUGAUGAGUCUCUUCUCGAUAAAGGAGAGUACUUCCAAGGAUGGCGGAAGCGGCACCUACUACCUCCCCUGUCGCCCAGGCUUAGGCGUCUUCAAAUUUACGGCCAAGAUUAAGGAUCCUGUCAAAUUGUCUGGCAAACUUACCAGAGCUCUCCACCGGAAGCUGCAGCACAGCCCCAAUACCUGGACGGCUUACAUUACCACAAGAGUCGAAUCAGCUUGGUUCCCUGAACGAUACAAGGCUUCCUUUCCUGAUUCGGUUUCAGUUGCCGGUUUAGAAGUCUCUGACGGUGAAUCGGUAUUUGAAGUCUCGUCUGGAGCCAGUACCUCCGAAAAGACUCAAUCACAAAAGAUGCCUAUUCAGCCUUCGUUCCGUUCUAGGGGUAGGUCGACUAAGGCUGCCAGCUCCUCUCGAGGAAGCGACAAGAACCAGGGAGGAUCCUUUCUUGACUCCGUGAAGGAAGUCCUCGAUGAGGGAGGCUCCGCUCAUGCUAAAGAUGUUGGCCCUUCGGAGCCCAGAGUUCAGGAAGUUGGUCUUCCCUCCGAGGUUCCGGUGACGGAAGCUGAUCCUCAAAUGUCGAGGGAUCCCCCAGAAUUUGAGCCUCCGAGGAGCAAGAGGUCCCGGACAGACCAAGUUGACAGACCUUCGAGGCAUAUGAAGAGAACUGGGUGCGCUCUCCCCUCGAUCGCCAACCUCUCAAACAAAGAGGAGUACGUUGACAUUGCCCAUUGCAUGGGUCAGCUGGCUGGAGCUAUCAACAGGGCUCAGUUAAAGUUCGAGGACGUUGUGCAAAAUGCCCCCAGCGCUGAAGAAUUAGCUCAGCAAGGGACGAUCGAGAGCCAGACGAUUGAUACCCAGGUGAAGAAUAGGAAGAUUGGGGAGUUGUAUGUUGCUCGGAAGAUAGCCGAGUACCAGGUUAAAGAGCUGAUUGCUUCAUCCCAAAGCAGCCAGAAGAACAAGGAGGCUGAGGUCAGGCUAGCCGUUCGGAGAGGAAAGAGGGAGGUAGCUGACGCUUACAACAAGGUUCUGAGUGCUGAAGACGAGUACGCUCGUUUGGUGGCUAUGAUGCCAGAGGCUGUUGCUGUCCCAGUUGAAGUUGCCCCGGGAGAUGGCGACAAGGAGAUGGAGGAAGAGGUUCCUGAUGAGGAGGAUGAUCCGGUUGACAAGGGAGCUGAGAAGAGCUCAGGUGACAAGGAGGUUUAA